AAGAUGGAGUGACAAAUGAGAUCACUGCAACUUACAAAGAGUGGAAGAAGACAGACAAGGCCAUAUUAAGUCUUCUGAUUGCCUCACUCUCUUUUGAUAUAAUGGAUUAUGUGGUCGGCAGCAAGACAUCAAGAGAAGCAUGGAUGAAAUUGAAUGACAGAUAUGCAACAAACUCGAGAUCACAUGUUAUGCAAUUAAAGACUGAUAUGUAUACAAUUACAAAGGGAAUGGAUUCAAUUGAGAAAUAUUUGAUGAAAGUCAUACGUGCAAGGAACCAACUGCUUGCAUUAGGAGUAAGAAUGAAGACGAGGACAUUGUUGUGGUUGUACUCAAUGGUUUGCCUGCAGAAUUUGAUAUCAUAAAAGCAAUCAUUCGGGGAAGAAAAUCACCAAUUGCAAUGCAAGAAUUGAGGAUUCUAUUACUCUCUACUGAAAGAGAUAUUGCAAAUAGGGUAGUUCUCAAUAUACAAGCCUUCUCUGCUAUGAAAACUAAAAAGAUUGUGUCUCAGAGAUGUCUGAAUGGCAGUGGCAACAGGUCUAAAACUGGUGGAGACGCAAGGAGAAAUAGGAAUAACUUUUUGUCGUCUUCACAAUGUCAAAUCUGCAGGGAGAAAGACACGGCUGUGCGUUGCUCCUAUAGGAAUAUUGCUCUUCCUGAUCAAUCCUCUAACUCUGUGCUUAUUUGUCAAAUCUGUGAUAUGAAAGGACAUGCAGCCUUGGAGUGUAAUCAUCUUGGCACCCACAUUGGAGUGUCUCCUGUUGUGGUUGAUGGGGGAGAACAGACUGUUGUAAUUGAUGAGAGAGAACACAAUAUGAUAAAUGAUGAUGGAAGUGAUAAUUUUGGAAGAGCUGUUGUAACUGAUGAGAGAGAACAUAAUAUGAUAAAUGGUGAUGGAAGUGAUAAAUCUGGAAGAGAAAAUAUUGGUGGUGUUUUUAUUGAUGGAAGUGAUCAUUCUGGAAGAGCUGUUGUAACUGAUGAGAGAGAACAUAAUAUGAUAAAUGGUGAUGGAAGUGAUAAAUCUGGAAGAGAAAAUAUUGGUGGUGUUUUUGUUGCUGAAGAUAUUUCUAGCACUGGUAGUGAUGAAAAUGAUAGUUCGAAGAGAAAAUAUUGGUGGUGUUUUUGUUGCUGAAGAUAUUUCUAGCACUGGUAGUGAUGAAAGUGAUAGAUCUGGAAGAGAAAAUAUUGGUGGUGUUUGUUUUGUUGCUGAAGAUUGUUCUAGCACUGGUAGUUCUAUUGGAAUUCAGUAUGUUGAUCAAGUUUCUGUGGAUCAAGUACCUCCUGAUAUUGCCUCCUUUGAAGCUGUUAUUAGAAAUUCAGUAUGUUCAGUUGUUGGUGGGCUAAAGGUCGAAGUACAUGCAAUUAACCAAAAUCAAGUGAUGAUGAUUUCAGCAGCGUUUCUUAUAAUCUUGUGCAGUGUACAAAAUUUUGGGACAAGUAAAGUGGGAAUUGCUAUAGACCCUGCCUUUUUUAUAUGGUUUUGUCCUCUCAGGGGUAUUGGCAUUUACAACAUUGUUUUUCAAAAUGACAGCAGUGUCUUGAGGGCUUUCAAUCAUGUUCACAUAUAUUCCUUCUUCAAGAGGAACUCAACCAAGGCAUUGCAUUCCCUUGAAAGUUGUCUUCUAUGCGCAACAGGUUCCGAGGCAAUGCACACAGAUACAUUUGUUUGCCUUGUUUUGUCAAGCCUUAUGUGGGGAUAUUUGGGUCAUACGGCAUACCUGAUGGAGAAUCCCAGUGGUGCUGAUCAACAUUUGUUUCCUUCAAUAUCAAGUGGAAUAUAUGCAAAUAAUUUAGUUGAUAUAGCUCCUAUGGGUGUUUCCAGUUCUUGCGCAGCUCUCUGAUUAUCUCAUGUUCAAAUGCUCAAGAAUGAAGGUACUAUUCUUUGUGAUCAAAUCAUGCAUAGAUGC